CCUUCUCUCAACCCACGACGACUCACUCUACGCGCGACAGCACAUAAGCUUGUCCACGCCCACACGACAACAGUAGAACGCUCGACGCCCACACGACCACCUGUACUUUGAGCUCUGGGUGACAAACUCUCUCCACUAGAUAUCUUAUAGACACUCCCCCUCUCGACUCCACACUCCGUAAUGGUUAUGUGGGUCUACAAGCGUGAUGGCCGCAAGGAGGCCGUUGCCUUUGACAAGGUCACCGCCCGUCUCAACAAGCUGUCGUACGGCCUGGACCGCGACCAUGUCGAGCCUGCUUUAAUCACGCAGAAGGUCGCCGCCGGUAUCUACCCCGGUAUCACGACGGCCGAGCUCGACACGCUCGCCGCUGAGACCGCCGCGUCCAUGACCACCAUGCACUCCGACUACGCGAUCCUCGCGUCUAGGAUCUCCGUGUCCAACACGCACAAGCUCACCAAGAAGGUGUUCUCGCAAGUCAUUGCCGACCUGUACGAGUGGGUCAACCCCAAGACCGGCAAGCAGGCCCCCAUGGUCUCGGAGGAGGUCUACAACAUUGUCCAGGCCAACAAGGAUGUCCUUGACGGUGCCAUCAUCUACGACCGUGACUUUGCCUACAACUACUUUGGCUUCAAGACCCUCGAGCGCUCGUACCUUCUCAAGAUCAACGGCAAGGUUGCCGAGCGUCCCCAGCACAUGCUCAUGCGUGUUGCUGUCGGCAUCCACGGUGACAACAUUGAGAAGGUCCUCGAGACCUACAACCUCAUGUCGGAGCGUUACUUCACCCACGCGUCUCCUACCCUCUUCAACUCGGGUACCCCCCACGCCCAGAUGUCGUCGUGCUUCCUUGUCGCCAUGAAGGACGACUCGAUUGACGGCAUCUACGACACGCUCAAGACCUGUGCCCAGAUCUCCAAGACUGCCGGCGGUAUCGGUCUCCACAUCCACAACAUUCGUGCCAAGGGCUCGUACAUUGCCGGCACCAACGGCUACUCCAACGGUAUCGUCCCCAUGCUCCGUGCCUACGACGCCACUGCUCGUUACGUCGACCAGGGUGGCAACAAGCGCCCCGGUGCCUUUGCCAUCUACCUCGAGCCCUGGCACGCCGAUGUCUUCGACUUCCUCGACCUGAGGAAGAACCACGGCAAGGAAGAGGUUCGCGCUCGUGACCUCUUCUACGCCCUCUGGAUCCCCGACCUCUUCAUGAAGCGUGUCGAGCAGGACGGCGAGUGGACCCUCAUGUGCCCUGCCGAGUGCCCCGGCCUUGCCGACGUCCACUCGGAGAAGUUCGAGGAGUUGUACGAGAAGUACGAGCGCGAGGGCAAGGGUCGCAAGACCAUCAAGGCCCAGAAGCUCUGGUUCGCCAUCCUCGAGGCUCAGACCGAGACUGGUGGUCCCUUCAUGCUCUACAAGGACGCUGCCAACCGCAAGUCCAACCAGCAGCACCUCGGCACCAUCAAGUCGUCCAACCUCUGCACUGAGAUCAUCGAGUACUCUGCCCCCGAUGAGGUCGCCGUCUGCAACCUUGCCUCGCUUGCCCUUCCUGCCUUUGUCGACUUCGAGACCAACUCGUACGACUUCAAGAAGCUCCACCAGAUCACCAAGGUUGUCACCAAGAACCUCGACCAGGUCAUCACCAGGAACUACUACCCCGUUCCCGAGGCUCGCAACUCGAACAUGCGCCACCGUCCUGUCGGUCUUGGUGUCCAGGGUCUCGCCGACACCUUCAUGGCUCUCCGUCUUCCCUUCGACUCGCCUGGUGCUCGUGAGCUCAACAUCAAGAUCUUCGAGACCAUCUACCACGCUGCCCUCGAGGCUUCCAACGAGAUGGCUCAGGAGCUUGGCAAGUACCCCUCGUACGAGGGCUCGCCCAUCUCGCAGGGCAAGCUCCAGCCUGACCUCUGGGGCCGUGUCCCCACCGACCUCUGGGACUGGACUGAGCUCCGUGCCAAGAUUGCCGAGCACGGUGUCCGCAACUCGCUCCUCGUUGCCCCCAUGCCCACUGCCUCGACCUCGCAGAUCCUUGGCUGGAACGAGUGCUUCGAGCCCUACACCUCCAUGCUCUACUCGCGUCGUGUGCUCUCGGGUGACUUCCCCAUCAUCUGCCCCUGGCUCCUCCGCGACCUCAUCAACCUUGGCAUCUGGGACGACAACAUGAAGAACCUCAUCAUUGCCUCGGGUGGUUCGAUUCAGCACAUCCCCAACAUCCCCGAUGAGCUCAAGGCCAUCUACAAGACUGUUUGGGAGAUCUCGCAGAAGGCGGUCAUUGACCUUGCUGCCGACCGUGGUGCCUUCAUCGACCAGUCGCAGUCGCUCAACAUCCACCUUGCAAACCCCUCGUUCUCGCAGCUCACGUCGAUGCACUUCUACGGCUGGAAGCGUGGACUCAAGACUGGUGCCUACUACCUCCGCACCCGCCCUGCGGCCAACGCCAUCCAGUUCACCAUCGACGCCAGCACUCUCAAGCAGGCCAAGACCCUUGAGGCUGGUGCUGCCAAGAAGGUCACCUCGCCCACGACGGCUUCGAGCGCCUCGGCCUCGAGCCUCGUCGAGCCCCUGCGCAAGGUCAAGAUCCAGACCACUGCCUCGGCGCCCGUCCCUCCCGAGAUCACCGCGGCUUCGCAGGCCCGUGAGGCCAAGCCCGUCGAGGUUGCUGCCGCUCGCGAGGUUGAGCGUGACGUCAGCCCCCAGCCCUCUGAGAGCGAGGAGUUGUCGUACGAGGAGGCCAAGCGUCGGGCAGAGGAGCGCGCUGCUGCCGCCCUUCAGUGCAGCAUCGACAACAAGGACGCCUGCGUCAUGUGCUCGGGAUAAAGGCGUAGAGAUCGAGCUGGCGUGUGAGAAGUCUGUCGGUAGUGAGAAGUGGUAGUAUGGGGCCACUCUGUGUUGUACAUUGCACUCUACUGUUUUCCUAUCCUUUUAGUUUUCCUUUUGCCCAUUCAUGGA